AUGGGGUUUCCCCAGCAGAAGCAGAAAGUUUUUGGCUUACAGCGUGCUAAAUUGGGGCACAUCUUCUGCUUCUGUCAUUGCAGUAACAUAUACAACGCUGAAGAGGAGAGUACCCAUCAGCACCAAGGAUACUGGGAAGAGCCAGGAUCUAACACUGGAAAAAUGGCUUUGUCCCAUGAUCUCUGUUAUUCCAUUGUGGAUAUACGUCUUCUUCUCAAAUACCAUGAGUCUUACUCAUCUGUCAUUUGGUACUCCAGUUUUGUGAUGUCCAUUGUGACCUGCCUGGUGGGAUUGGUGGAAAAUGCAGUUGUCAUCUGUUUUCUUGGAUUUAUGAUGAAGAAACACAAGUCUAAAUACUGGUUUCUAAAUUUGGCCAUUGCUGAUUUCUUGUCUCUUCUGACCUUACCUCCAUAUAUUAUCUCAGCUCAUAAAGGCACCUGGACAUUCGGACCGCAUAUGUGUAAACUCUUUCUCUUUUCUUCAAGUGUCAAUAUGUACGCCAGUAUUUACAUUCUAAUUGCAUUAAAUAUUGCCAGAGUAUUGUCUGUAGCAAAACCAAUGUUUCACCUCAAAUUCAUUUCCCAACGUGUUUCUUUUUGGAUUUGUAUCAUGAUCUGGUUGAUCACAGUUCUCUUUAGCCUUCCUGUGUUCUACUAUGCUGGUGAAGUAAAAACUGGAGAAGUCACAUUAUGCAGCUACUUAGGUAGCACGACCUCUGAUACUGUAGUAGUCAACAAAAGGUAUAAUGUGAGUAGUGAGAAUGCUACAAAAGAUAUCUUAUUCUCUGACAUCUACACCAAGUUGAGCCCCUACAUCCAACAAUGCUCCUCUGACACAUGUUGUGGUGGGAUUGUAAUAGUUUGCAAUAUAACUAUAGCUGUGCAUGUUAGAAAAUCCAAGACUGUUAAUCCCCGCAGGCUCUAUCGAAUUGUAACUAUCAUCAUUAUGGUGUAUUUCAUUACAUCGACUCCAGCAGUCAUAGCUGAGAUUGUGAUGUUUAUCGCUGUUUACAAUAUGAAAUUCAUAGUCUUGUUUAACGUCCUAACAUUCAUGCCGCUUAUUAUCAAUAUUGCUUAUGCAAACAGCUGCCUGAACCCUAUCAUAUAUGUGUUGAGCGGUCAUAGCCUACCCUCUAAUCUACAUGCAGCUCCAAGAGACGGCAUGUUAAAUGAGAUAUUGCAUAGCAUGAGCUGUAACCACGCUAAUCUAUUCAUAGAAAUAAUUCACCAUGGACUUCUAGCACAUUUUCCCAAUGAGAACAAUCUACAAGGGAAAAAUCAUGUAGAUGAAUAG